AUGGCCUCCGAACGAGCCAUCGAUCGGGAAGAGCGACAGGGUCUUCGUGCCAUUCGUGAUUUCCUCAAGGCCCGAAACUCCUAUGAUGUCCUACCGCUCAGUUUCCGACUCAUCAUCUUCGAUACGUCGCUUUCCGUCAAGGAGAGUCUGAACAUUCUGAUUCAAAACGGCAUCGUUUCAGCUCCGUUGUGGGACUCCAAAGCCUCCAAAUUCGCAGGUCUUCUGACCACCUCCGACUACAUUAAUGUCAUCCAAUACUAUUUCCAGAACCCCGCCGCACUGGACCAGAUCGAUCAAUUCCGCCUGGACAGUUUGCGAGAAGUUGAAAAGGCGCUAGGUGUGGCGCCGCCGGAGACCAAUCGCGUGCCCGCCGUAUCCCCCCUCGUCACCAGCGAUAGCCAGACCGAGCGGCCCCACGUUCUCAGCGUCAUUACCCAAUACCGUAUCUUGAAAUUCGUCGCCGUCAAUGUCCCCGAUACACAGCAGCUGCGGCGUCCGCUGGGGGAGCUCUUGCUUGGAUCAUACGAUAACGUUGCUACGGCUUCGAUGGAUACCCCGGUCAUUGAUGUCAUCCAUAUUCUGGUCGAGCGUAGCAUAUCUAGUGUGCCGAUUGUGAAUUCUGAAGGCGUGGUGUAUAACGUAUUCGAGUCGGUCGAUGUCAUUACUUUGAUCAAGGGUGGUUUCUACGAUGAUUUGAGCCUCACGGUUGGGGAAGCAUUGAAGAAACGUUCUCCGGGUUUCCCGGGUAUCUACACAUGUUCAUUGAAUGAUGGCCUGGACACUAUCUUUGAUACUAUCCGCAAAUCACGGGUGCACCGUCUCGUUGUCGUGGAUGAGCACUUCAAGCUCAAGGGCGUUCUGACUCUGAGUGAUAUCCUGCACUACAUUCUUCUCGAGGGAGAGAAUGAGGAAGCCUGAUCGGCUUGGAGUUUGAAAGUGACUUUUCCCAUACAUAUUACGUUUUGCAUGGUUCCGGCG